CACAAGAACUCUAUUACUAGCCCUACAUUUACACGCCCACACACAUCAAUUGCUCCAUGAGUCCUAGGAACAACUCAUUGUCACACGCACAGUCCAACUCAACUCCAUCCAACCCCUCCCUACACAAUCCUUAUAGGGCAGAGCUAUCUCUGAGAAGACUGGAACUUUACUGGAAGUGGAGCAGAAAGGACAGACAAAACACCUUUAGUGAACUUGGACCCCAGGAAUUAGCACUGUGGUGCUUCAUAGGCAGCCGACCAUGAAAAAGAAGAACUUUACACCAUUCUUGUCAUUCUGAAAGACUAUGAAACCAGAGUCCAAUCUCCAUCAUCACACAGGAAGCCAAGAACUUCCUACUAGGUUGGGACCUUGAACCUUGAAUUCAUAAAGACUCUCAAAGGCCCAGAAACAAAGUCUGUGUGGACAAAGUACUCUGGAAACACAGUCAUGCCCUCCUCCUUGCUGUCUCAUGGUGCUCACUAGGGCUGCUGAGUUAACUGACUCACUGUCUUUAACAGAAAAGUAAAUUCAGAAGCUAUUGUUCCUGACCAGUUCCUCACCAAAGGAUGGAGAUUUUAGAUAUCACAGAAGCCUACCCCACAACUACAGAAUAUGACUAUGGAGACUCUACUCCAUGCCAAAAGACUGCUGUAAGAGCCUUUGGGGCUGGACUUCUGCCCCCCCUGUACUCUCUUGUGUUCAUCAUUGGAGUGGUAGGCAAUGUCCUGGUGAUUCUGGUGCUCAUGCAGCAUAGGAGGCUUCAAAGCAUGACGAGCAUCUACCUGUUCAACCUGGCUGUCUCUGAUCUGGUCUUCCUUUUCACUUUACCUUUCUGGAUUGACUACAAGUUGAAAGACAACUGGGUUUUUGGUGAUGCCAUGUGCAAGCUUCUCUCUGGGUUUUAUUACCUGGGCUUAUAUAGUGAGAUCUUCUUUAUCAUCCUGCUGACGAUUGACAGAUACCUGGCCAUUGUCCAUGCAGUGUUUGCCCUGAGGGCCCGAACUGUCACUUUUGGCAUCAUCACCAGUAUUAUCACCUGGGUCCUAGCCAUCUUAGCUUCUAUUCCUGCCUUAUAUUUUUUUAAGGCCCAGUGGGAGUUCACUCACCAUACCUGUAGCCCUCAUUUCCCCUAUGAGAGCCUGAAGCAGUGGAAAAGGUUUCAGGCUCUAAAGCUAAACCUCCUUGGACUAAUUUUGCCUCUGUUAGUCAUGAUAAUCUGCUAUGCAGGGAUCAUCAGAAUUCUGCUCAGACGACCCAAUGAGAAGAAGGCCAAAGCCGUGCGUCUGAUAUUUGCAAUUACUCUUCUAUUCUUCCUCCUCUGGACCCCCUACAACUUGACUGUAUUUGUUUCUGCUUUCCAAGAUGCUCUAUUCACCAAUCCGUGUGAGCAGAGCAAGCAGUUAGAUCUGGCCAUGCAGGUGACUGAGGUGAUUGCCUACACCCACUGUUGUGUCAACCCAAUCAUUUAUGUCUUUGUGGGUGAACGGUUCUGGAAGUACCUUCGGCAGCUGUUUCAAAGGCAUGUGGCUAUACCGCUCGCAAAAUGGCUGCCCUUCCUCUCUGUGGACCAACUAGAAAGGACCAGUUCCAUAUCUCCAUCCACAGGAGAACAUGAGCUUUCUGCUGGCUUCUGAUUCAGACCCUAGGUGUCAACCAAGGUAUAAAAGGGAGUGAAGAGAUAGUAUAUAGCUCUCCAAGACAGAUACUGACAGUUCUUACAGUGAGGAUUCCCAAUCUUAUGGAGUCAAAGGGAACUUGGAGGUAGCUUAGGUAUAAAUCACCUUUUUAAUGGUUUCCUUGAAUUUCUCUCUGUUAGAAAGGAGAUGAAUAAAAAAGUGGGACAUUCCAGAAACUGGAAUAAUGGUGACAAUGAGUGGCUUGGACCCAAUAAGAGACAGGAUAUGUGGUUAUUAACUUAAAACAAAGCCACUAUUUUUACUGAACUCAACUCCUAAUGAUGUGAUAUUCUGAAAAAAAUUUAAAGUAUUGUAAUAGAGAAAAAUUUUGCAUAUUUGCAUAUUGACAUAAAUUAUAAAGUAUAAGAUGUGUCAAAAAAUUAAAACUGUAACAAACUAAAGUUUUUCUGUCCAGUUAUUUUACAUGAUUAGCAAAGAUACAAAUAGAUCACAGAAUAAAUACAAUAGCAUAGAUAUGAAAAUACUGAUCACAAGGAAAUAACAAUUAAAAUAUAAAAGUUCUUUUGGAUGCUAAAAGUGGUGAAUAAAUAUUAUUUUAUUUUACUAAUGAAAAUGCAUAGUACAGAUAUGUAUAUGGCAAAAAAUAGUCAAUGACUUGCAGUUUGAUACAAAUGUAAAUUAGUGCAGCAUUCCUGAAAAGGAAUUUGAAAAGUUCAAGAAUACCCAAAAGCUAAGUAGUCAAUUUUAGGGUGAUAUUAACAAAUGCUAUUAAAAUGUCAUAUAGUUUAAUUUCAGAAAUAUUAAAUGUCAGUCAAAAUGGUAUAUUUUAAAGAUUUUUAUUGAUCUGGGAAUAGUUCAUAAUAUUAUUAAAUUAAAAUGGACAAUAAAAAACUGGCAAAAUGGCUCACUGGAAAAGGUACUUACCACCAAGCUUAACAACCUCAGUUCAAUUUUAGGAACCCACAUGAUAAAAGGACAGAACUGACUCUAGCAAAUAGUCCUCUGAUCUCUAUAUGUGCACACAUAUGAAGACAUACACACAAAUAAAUUAAUGCAAGAAAGAAAAAUAUAGGAUUCUUUUGACCCAAAUUUUAUAUAUGGAAAGAACAAACUAAAAUAAUACAUCAAUCCAUUUCCUCUGAUAUAGUAAAAUCCCCAAAGUUGGAACUUUAUAAAGAAUAAAGGUUUGUUUAGCUUGAAGCUUUGGAGACUCAGCAUGACAUUUUGCUCAGCUCCCGUAAGAACGCCAUUGUUAUGUCACUGCACAGAAUAGCCUUCACGAUCUGAGCAUAGGCAAGAAGGCAAAAAUCACAUGGAGUGGCAGGAAUCUGAAGAACUAAAGAGACCUGUCUCUUGUGGGGACCACCAAGUGUCCUCCGAGAAUGACUUAGUUCCUUUCAAGAGUAAUAUCACUGAUAAUAUAAUCACUUCCCACUUGGCUCAACACCAUUAAAGGUGUCAUCACCCAUACACUGAGAACCAAGCCACCAACAUGAGUCCUUGGAGACAACUCAAAACCAUAACAAAGUGAAGAUUCCUAGUAGUUACAGGUAUGGCAGGGUUUGAUUAGGCCAAUGAGUCCCCAGAAUUACAAGUGAAUGCCACCAUACCUAGAUUUUUUUUUAAAGAAGGAUGAUGAAAAUCAAACUCAGGUCCUCGUGCUUUCAAAGUACGUACUUCACCAGCUGAACCACAUUCCCAUGUAUUUAAAUAUUUGUUUAAAGAGUUGUUAAACAAACAACAAAAACAUGGUUUA